CGGGCUCUCUCUGUAGACGCACGUUUCGCUCCCAGAUCGCAUCUUGUCUCGUCCAGAAACUCAAGAGUACGGCAACUCCACGCGCACUCGAGCCCGUCGUAGGCCAACAGAGGCAAGUUGGAAACUCUGUUCCAUGAUCCAUCGGCCGUCUGCUCCAUCGUCCUCUGCCCUGCUGCGCGCGCGCCACUCCCUCUUUUGAGUUCUCUCCCAUCCCCACACAACAAGUCCUCUCCAUCUCUCCACCAUGGAAGACCGCCACGCAUACGAGAAGGUCCGCGUGAACGGCGCGCCGGCCGAGGCGACGCUCUCCACCGGAACCGGCGGCGGAGGCGGCCCGGAGCUUCGUUGGCGCUGCGCUGGAGGGGUCACGGCGGAGAGGAGCCUGUCGUUGGAGGCCGACGUGCUCGGGGUCGAGGCGAACGGGAAGGAGGUCGUCGUCAGGGCCUUCGUGGCGGACGCCGCCGCGGCGUCGUGUGCCGCGGUCGGUAAGAGGAGAAGGGAGAUAAGGCGCAGGAAGGACUACGUGUUCGAGAUGGCCGCCGGCGAGGGCGCGGCCGCGGCCUGGGGCGACACGCUACGAGGCUGCUUGGACUCGUUCGGCCGGCCGAAGAGGUUGUUCGUCUUCGUCAACCCCUUCGGCGGCAAAAAGCGGGCAAACAAGAUCUACGCCGCGGAAAUCAAGCCCCUGUUCGAAGCUGCCGGGGUCCAAAUCACGACGCAAGAGACCAAGCACCGGGGGCACGCCCGGGAGGUCGCGUCUUCCCUCGACCUUGGAAGAUACGAUGGGAUCGUCUGCGUUAGUGGCGAUGGUGUCCUUGUGGAGGUAGUGAACGGAAUUCUACAACGAACAGACUGGAAGGAAGCAGUAAAAAUGCCGAUUGGAAUAGUUCCAGCUGGUACAGGAAAUGGCAUGGCCAAAUCACUUCUACAUGCUGCCGGUGAGACGUACUCAGUUUCAGACGCCGUAUUUGCCAUCAUCAGAGGUCACAAGCAGUCCUUGGAUGUCUGCGCCAUUGUGCAAGGGCAGGAGAGAAUUUUCAGCGUGUUGUCAAUGACCUGGGGUAUGAAACAAACAUGUUUGGUGGCAGAUAUAGAUAUCGAAUCCGAGAAAUACAGGUGGAUGGGAAGCGCACGCUUCGACUUCUACGCUCUAGUUCGAAUAAUGAACUUGCGCCGAUAUUGCGGAAGCAUCCAUUUCGUGCCUGCCCCAGGCUACGAGGCGUAUGGAGAGCCCGUGACACAAGUGGAUAACAUUGUGGAACGUAUAGAGCAGAAUAGGGAAUCCCCUGGCCCUGGCCCUGGGUUUUCUCAAGGUCCUUCAGCUGAGUUAGAACGCUCGGACUGGAGAUUCUUUGAUGGCCCGUUUGUGGCAGUUUGGAUAAACAACGUGCCAUGGGCUGCUGAGAGUGCCAUGGCAGCUCCUGAGGCCAAGUUCUCAGAUGGCUAUAUGGAUGUAGUUAUAAUCCGAGACUGUCCAAAGCCUGAUCUUCUAGCUCUACUGCUAAAGAUGAGCGAUGGGAGCUAUGUGAAAUCGACAUAUGUUACAUAUCUCAAGGUGAAAUCUUUUCGGUUAUCGCCAGGCCAGCUUGUUGAAAAUCCGAGAAGGGGCGGUGUCAUUGACGUGGAUGGUGAGGUGAUUGCAAGAGGAGAAGGAACGUACGGCAAAGACCAGCAUGAAGAUUUGAUGACCUAUGGUCCUUCUAUUCAGCUGACAGUGCACCAGGCCUUGGCCACUAUUUUUUCUCCCAAAUGACACUUCCUUCGCCCUCCUCCUCCAGUGACUGUCCAUCUGUCUCGAGUGUAUUGUUCCUUGUACACAAUUUCAAAGUACCCUAUUAUACUCAAAACUAGAUUGUUGAAAGAGAAGGCGGCACGCAUAGCUGCAUCACGCCUCUUUGCCAUGAGGAGAUCAUGAAAGGUGCCACAUCAAAGCAACUUGUCUUGUUUCGUCUGAGCCAAUCCAAGCUGCUGUCGACCCCUGCGCUUUCACUUGAUCGUGCUGCGACCUCCAAUCUUGUCGAGCUCUUCACAUGACACUGCAGCUUGAUGAGAAGGUGGGGCCUGGUGGCUGGUGGUGUGAGGUUUGGUAACCGCUAGCAAUGCCUUCAGGCUACAGGGUAGUCAUGUUGCUCUAAUAUAUGAAACGGAGGAUAUGACUGGCAAAACCUUAGGGGCUCUUUGAUUCAAAGGAUUUGCAAAGGAAUUCUAGAGGACUUUAAUCCUUAUUUUUUUUCCUAUGUGGCUCAUUUGAUUCAUAGUAUUUUUUCCA